AUGUAUCCGCUGCACAUGGAAGUUCAUAUGAUCAAGUUAAUCUUGAUCAGAAUUUCCAACAUAGUUGUGUUCGGGAAUGGUAAAAGAAUGAAAAUCGAUGGUUUUCAAGAACUCAGUCAAGUGUUUCUUGAAAACCGUGUGUCUGUUCUUGCUGAUUGCUUGUCUCCUACUACUGGAUGGAGAAGCAAGGCAGUACAAAUGAUAUAUCUACUGAAAUUCCCAGAAGCUGCAUACGGUUCGUACUUGAAUGAAAUUGAGACCAGGGAUGCUAUGAAGGAACAGGUGAUUAAAAAACAAUUAUCAAUUAAAGAGUUUCUUACAAAAGGAUUCAAUGGUCUUGCAAAAAAACUGACAGAUAUGGUUAGAAACUUAUACACACACAUGCCAACUUCUUUUGUUAGUUUAAAACUAGCAAGGACCAUGAUGACAGUAAUCAGCUUGGUUCAGUCAAUCAGGGAUUCAGUUAUCCAACCGUUUUCCGUUUCUGAACAAACAGAGAUAACUUUCACGGAGUUUAUGGUCAUAAAGGAUUUCCUUCAAACAGUUAAGGAAGUCCUUGGUGAAACUGUUUCUUUCCCUAAAUUAUCAGAUGAUCAAGAAACUGGUAAUUUUUGUUUGAGAAAUGCAUGUUUGGUGUUCUGCACUGCCACGAGCUCUAGUAGAUUGCACACCCUUAAUCAGAAUAACAUUGAAUUAUUGGUAGUUGAUGAAGCUGCUCAACUUAGAGAAUGUGAAUCUGUUAUCCCUUUGCAACUCUCUCGUCUUCGUGAUGUUAUACUCGUUGGAGAUGAGUUACAACUCCCUGCUAUGGUUAAAAGCGAGAUAUGUAAAGAAAAACACUUUGGAAGGAGUUUAUUUGAAAGAUUAGUGUCGCUAGAACACACGAGACACUUGCUAAAUGUCCAGUACAGAAUGCAUCCCGAUAUAAGCUUGUUUCCAAACGAAGAAAUCUAUGGUGGUAAGCUACUAAAUGGUCCAAAUGUGGAAGAAAACAGCUACAAAAAACAGUUUCUUGAAGGAGACAUGUUUGGGUCAUACUCCUUUAUACAUUUAGCCCAAGGGAAAGUCGAGUUUGAUGGAUAUAGUAGGAAAAACAUGGUGGAAGUUGCUGUCGUUGUUGAGCUGCUUGCGAAACUUCAUAAAGAAUCUGUGAAGAAUAAACAAAAGAUUAGCGUCGGUUGCAUUGCACCGUACAAAGCUCAAGUUACUGCAAUACAAAAGAAACUUGGGGACAUGUAUCAAACUGGAGAAGACUUUUCUGUGAAGGUUGGAACUGUUGAUGGAUUCCAAGGUUGUGAAGAAGACAUGAUAAUUAUAUCAACCGUGACUGGCGUCAGGAGUGAUUCGAUUGGUUUCCUUGGUACGCGUCAAAGAGCGAAUGUGGCUCUAACCUGAGCAAGGCAUUGUCUGUGGAUAUUGGGAAAUGGAGACACUUUGAAGUCUAGCAGUGAAAUCUGGGAGCGUUUGGUGGACAAUGCGAAGGUUCGUUGCUGUUACCACGUGGGCCACGAGGACAAGUAUUUGGGCAGACUGAUCACAAAUACCUUAGAAGAGCACGAUGAUGGGAAUUUUGAGAAUGGGUGGUUAUCAAAUCAAAUUGCGGCUAUGAGUUUAACAAAAGGGGUAGGAUCUUCAUCUUCAUCAUCAUCGUUGUCGUCAUCAAGGUUCAGCCAAAACUAUAGGAAAUGGUAAUUUGUAUGAAAAUGUUACGAGACUUGUAAGAACUAUUUUAAACCAAGCUCAUAAGCUGGUACAUAUGUAUUUAUAUGGUCAUUGAUAUAAUGUGCUUAAAGUUAUAUUUAUGU